AUGGAGGCGGCGGUGCUGAAGCGACAGUUGAUGCCGGAGAUGGAGAGCCAGACCGCCGAGCUGGAGGUGAAGAAGCUGCAGGAACUCGUCAGGAAACUGGAGCGACAGAAUGAACAACUGAGGAGUCGAACCAACGGCUGCAGACCGCACCUCCUCUCUCCACCUGCUGGGGCUUUUCUCCCACACACCGCCGAUUAUUACCUGCCCGGGCCGCUAGCCACCCCCACCUGUCAGUCGACCCCGGACGAACCGCCGGAGUAUUUUAACCCCCACACUGAAAGAGAAGGAGAGUUUGAGGAGUCGACGGUUCUGGACCAGCUGGAGGAUCUGGAUCUGGAUUCUCUCUUUCCCGCAGAAGAGUCCGAAGAAACGUGGUUGUAUGUGUCCUCCAGGGCCAGACUGUAUGAAGACGGUCCCCUCACUUCUCUCCAGUGGUGCCGACAUGUUCUGGACGGUUCAGAGUCUGAGAUGGAGUCUGUCCAGAGAUCACUGUCUCUCCGACUGGACCAAGUCUCCAGGUGGCACCGGCCCACUUCCAGCCCCUCCUCCUCCACCCCCCCCCUCAGUAGUUGGGUAGUUGGCGUGUCGUCCUGCUCCACCCCUUCAUCACCGCUGCCGGGAAGACUGGCCUCAUCCCUCUCCUCUCCAAUCCCUCCGCUCCUUCAGAGAACUCGGAGUUCCGCCGGGAAGGAGGUGCCUCCCCCCUCCGACCACAGUCGUCUUGUGCUGCGCUCCGUCGUCCAGUCGUCGAUGGACGGCGACUCCAUCGCCCUCGGGUACAAACUUCAAGACCUCACCGACGUACAGGUCAUGGCCCGUAUGCAGGAGGAAAGUCUGAGGCAGGACUAUGCCGGCACCUCAUCAAUCCUGGCCAACCGCCGAAGCCACAGCUACACCUUCCAGCUGAACCCGCUAAGCCCUGCCCUGGACGAAGGCCUCCUGCAGCCACGUCUCACCUUCUCCACCCCUCCGUACUCUUCUGGAGGCUUCGCCUCGCAGCCGUUGGACAGACCCACAUCAGAUAAACUACGGAGGAGCAUGCCUAACCUGGUGAGGGCUCCCAGUGUUCCCAUCCCAACUGGUCACUCUGCUUCUCCAUCUUUGCUUCGAAACAGUCAGAGCUUUGACUCCUCCAGUGGACUGGCUUGUCUUCAGUCCUUCAGUGAGACCUUGGUUGCCUUUAUACGCAUGCUCAGUAAUCCAGUCCCCUCACCAGGCCGGGUGCAGAGUGUGGGAAACUUCGCCUCAUCGUCACGACAACCACUGAAAGCCACCGCCUACGUCAGCCCCACCAUCAAAGGCUCUGUGUCCAUGCCGACAUCUAUCAAUCACCUCAGAACAACCAGCAGUAACAGUGGGAUCCCCCUGCUCAACAAAACCACUCCUCCUCGCAGCAAGAUUGCACAACCGGUGCACAGCUUAUUGACUCCUCCAAAGAGCAUGUCCACCCUCAGUGCCCUUCGAGACACAGACUGGAAAAACGGCUGCUACUGAUGGACGCGGCUGUGUAGAUGAUUGACCCUGCUGGCUGGGGGACACACCGAAGACACCUUCAGUUUUAAAAUUCAGACUGUGGUUUAACACUAACCUGCUAUAGAGGGCUGACUCUUCUUUUUUUUUCACCAUUUUUGGGGUGUAUUUGUUUUGUACUUGGUGUUUCCUGCGGGUCGGCGCACCGUCCAUGCUGCUAAUCCUGACUCCCUCCCUGUAGACGAAGCACAUUUGGUCUGACUUCUACAGGGAAAUAUCUGACAGUAUUUUUAACUGUCAAUAGUUUACUAUUUAAUGUACUCAACCUAUAUUAAUGCAAUGUAAGAUUUUAAAAACACCUUGACCAAAUUGAGAAAAUCUUGUGUUAACAAGUUUAUUCUUGAAACGGAAAACCCACUAAACUGCGCAUAUUAACGCGCCAAAUUUUCAUGUUGUUGCACUUUGUUCUUCUGGGUCUGAGAAUUUCACAAUAAUGUAGCACCUUUUUGUUUAAUAUGUUGGACUAUUUUAAAAUGGCCAUUGCAUCACAGAACAUUUUUCUGACUGUGCUUUACUGAAUAAAU